UUCGCCUCAUCCGCCCCUCGACAUAGAGCCCUGCGAUUUGCAAAUCCGAUUCUCCCGUUCAGCACCUCCAGACAAAAUUAGAAAUAGUAUCCGGAAUUUGAGAUCAUUUUGACAUUAAUAGGCACCCAUCUGGACGCGUUUUGUGUCGUUUCCUCGUUUUGGAUGAAAUUGGACACCGCUGAUGUUUCUGGAUGCGUCCAUGUCCUCCUGUGGGCCGAGCCGCGGAGGGAUACAUCUUUGGAAGCGACAAUGUGGAGGCUGCUAAAAUGUCUACUUGAAAAAUGAAGUCGCUACAAUUUCAGUCAUAUUAAAAGAAACAGAGUCAUUGCUGAGUUAUGGUUCGCGUCAGAGACGGCUUUUCAUUUUCGUGACGAAGACAGCAGUGCGGUGGCGGACUGCUUCAAUCUUGGCUUUCCUCAUCUCCCUCAAGCCCACUCUCCGCAGGAGCUCGGAGGGGGCAAAGGAUCCAGUCCAUAACUUUGUUUUUUUUUUCUCGUCUCCGGUCGUUGAUUUCUCUUUGUUGGAUGCUGCAAAACUGAGCCACGUGGCUUGCUGAGACUGAAAGGGCAAGCGAACUGCAACAGAGGAUGACGACAGUGGGGACAGACAAGGAGCUCAGCGACUUGCUGGAUUUUACUGCGAUGUUUGAACUUCCGGUUACGAAUGGCAAGAAUAGACCAACAGUCAGACUGGCCAGCAGUCAGUUUGGUGGUUCAGGUGUUGAUGAGAGGAAUGGAUCCAGUCCUUGGGGCUCCGCAGAGCAGAGCAGCCCAUCGUUCAACCAGGGGAGGUGUUUUGGCGAAGAUGGCGUUUACAGUGAGCAAGCUGGCAUUGCACCUGGCACAGUGUAUGGAACGGGCAUUGCUGGGAAGGCUGAGAGGGGCCCUUACUCGACAUUUGCAACGCAGCCGGGCUUUUUGCCCAGUGAGAUAGCCAUGCCCAGUCCCGAUGCGCUGUCCCCCUCUGGCUUGAAGCCCACCUCCCAGUUUUAUUCCUCCUACGAGGGCAACAACUCUCGUCGACGACCCACGCAUGACCCCAUUGAAGCCCAGCCAAAAAAGAUCCGGAAGGUGCCCCCCGGCCUGCCCUCGUCGGUGUGUGCCUCAGGCGAGGAUUUUAACAGGGACAAUGUUGGCUACACUGCUUCAAAAGCAGGAAGCAUCUACACACCAACAUUCUACAUGCAAGAAGGCCUCCACCCGCCUUCCGAUCCAUGGGGUUCUGCUGGGUCGAUGGUUCAACCUGGUUAUCCGUCCAUGCUGGGUAACUCCACCCAUCUGAGCCAGCAUGGUCCCUUCACUGCCAUCAACCCCCAAGACAGACUGAAACGGCAACCGCUGCCCCUCUCGCCCCAAAACUACCCCCAACAUGGCAGCGAAGUGAACGGGAACCAUCCGGCCGGCUUCCACUCUGGCUCAAACAGCUACGGCGUUCCCAGUCAAACACCCCCUAUUGCUGCCAAUCGGGGAGCAGUACCUGGAAGUUCUGGCGAUGAGAUUGGGAAAGCGCUGGCUUCUAUCUAUCCUUCAGACCCAAACAGUAACGGCUAUUCUUCGUCCCCGUCAACCCCCUCCGGCUCUCCUCAGGCCACUUCAGGAUGCGCCUCUCAGUGGACCAGGUCAUCUGGACAGGCUACACCUUCACCUAACUUUCAUGGUGGAAUUCAGGGCAUGUCUAAUAAACUGGAGGAUCGCCUGGACGAAGCUAUUCAUGUUCUUCAGCGACAUGCCAGUGGACAAGGAGGACCAGGACUGGCUGAGAUGCAGAGUCUGCUGGCAUCCGGCUUGGGCUUAUCCUCAGCUUUUAGCAGUGCAGCACAUGGCCUCACCAGUCGCCUGCCCGGAAUGGUCUCCAACCACCAUGAAGACUCUGCUGGACUGCCCUCUAGUGGAGGACUUGGGCACCACAGCUCCUCAUCUGCCCUGCAAGGCUCUCAACCUGAAGGUUUCACCAGUCUGGUGAGCAACCUUAAUCGUUCCAGUGACAUUAAACGAGAGACCAAGGAGGAGGAUGAAAACUGCUCUGUGACUGACAAGUCAGAGGAUGAGAACAAAGAGCUAAAUGCUCUUCAAACAAGCGUUGUCACAGUUGCCGAUGAGAACCUGACGGCCGAAGAGAAGGAGCAGAGGGAGCGCGAGCGGCGCCUAGCUAACAACGCUAGGGAGCGGGUGCGGGUGCGUGACAUAAACGAAGCCUUCAGAGAGCUGGGCAGAAUGUGUCAGGUUCACCUGCAGAGCGACAAGGCCCAGACCAAGCUUGUCAUCUUGCAGCAGGCCGUCCAGGUCAUACUGGGCCUGGAGAAACAGGUGCGAGAGCGUAAUCUCAACCCCAAGGCCGCCUGCCUCAAGAGAAGAGAGGAGGAGAAAGUGUCGGGCGUGGACCCCCAGAUGCAGAUGGGAGGAGGUCUCGGAGGUGAUGGACACAACCCUAUAAGCCAUAUGUAAUUCCAAGGUUCUGUUAACUAGCAGAUGUUUGAAGACGUGGCCUUAUUGCACCCCCAUGUGAUAUUUGGAAGGCACACGGCACCUCAUUACUGUCAAAAGGGGCCACAGCCACAAACAAACAGAACAAGCACAUUUGGGGUUGGGGAGAGAGAGAGGCGUAUUCAUAUUGGAUUAGACUCAAGGACAUUGAGCUGGGGACGUUCUUAUGAUCAUGUUUUUGUAACACAUUCUACAAAAACAAAAAAAAAAAACACUUUACACAUUGGGAACAAACGUGUUCGGAUCAAAUAGUCCUUUUGAAUCAAUUUCAACUGUAAGCAAAGCCAAGACUUGUAUUAUUGUUCUAAUAUGUGGCAUUCCCACCGAUAAAAGGAGGUCUUAGAUGCAUCUUACGAUAGAUUGACUGAAUAGUCUUUCAUACAUUUCUUACCCUGGCCGUUGAGGUGACAUGUGGCGUUUGUCCCUCCUCGUAAACUGUGGAUCCUACGGGUCACUGCCUUGCAAUUGGAACUGACCGAUUGCCCGAGGUAGCAGCACCACUGAGGAAAGACUCAUCUCCAGAGAUAAGCCAGUCUCUCUAUGGGGGGCUUCCGUAGAAAUAGAGCAACUAGAUAUCAUCGCGCAGCACACGUGCUGUCACUUAGACCAGGUGUCAUCCUGGACGGUCCAGUCACAAGAGGACUUUUUUUUGUUGUUAUUUUAGCAGAUUGAACCUGCGACAUGUUUUUCAUUUGUUAUAUUGUCCUUUCUUAAAUAUCCAGCACACCAGAAUUUGUUCUUUGCAAACCAAUUUUUUUUUUAAAUAUAGAGUAAGGCAGAUGACAAAUGGUUCACUUAGGGACCAUUUAAUUGCGAGUUGUGGAAGUGUCCGGCGAUUCUCUGUGAUUGGACCAAUCAGGUCACAUGUUAUUGUGGGGGUCAUUGACAACUUCCAAUGACAAGCUCAUCUCACGAAGGUUGUGUUGUGGAAAAGAAUAAUUGAGUAUUAAAAGGGAUGGUGAGUUGUAAGAUUACUUUCUUGAUAUUAAUUUACUCGAUUGCCAUUGCUUGACUUGGUUUGACUUUUGUUUCUCUGUUUUUUUCCCCCUUCUUUUUAUUUUCCAUUUUGAACAACUGCAAAGCCUCUUUGUAACGAUCUUCCUUUUGUAGAUUUUUUUUUGUAAAAUAGUUAUGAGUUAGUGUUUUGUUUUCCAUUUGUGAUGCUCUUUUUUUUGUUUACAUCGUUUAAAUUGAAGACUUUUUUUUUUUUUUUAGAUUACGGGAACAAAGUGAGGUGUUUUUGUGUUGUGCCAGGUGCUUGGAAAUGUUAGAAAUGACAAAUUCUGGCUGUAUUGUCACAUGUUGUGAUAAUUAUAUAUACAUAUAUAUUUUUUGUUUGUUUCUGUGCAAAACCCAACAUUUUUAUUUGGAUUCCUUUGCUUAUGCCAGUUCAGUUGAAAGUGAAACAAUACGUUGUCAGCCUCUACUUGUGUAACGUUAUGAUUCAUUGGCGUUGGAAACACAAUCAACUUUUCAACGUUGUUCAGCUUCUUUAUCAUCGAAUUAAUCAAAACAAAUGCAUAAAGCGUGGCCUUAGUCAUUUUCUUGACUUUGGGAGUUUUGAUGAAGGUUACUCACCAGUGCCUGAAUACUUCUGUUACAUACAUAUACUGAAUGGGAAUGAAACGUUGCUUUGACGCAGGAGUCCAAGAACAUCAACAAGAAUUUAUUGAUGCGACACCUUUGACACUGAAUCCUACGUAAACCUUUUAUUUACGGAUUUGCUGUAUUUGAAUAUGAGCUUGUCCUCGAUUGUCAUGUAAAUGUGCAGCUGUAUGAUGUAUCAGCUGGGGAAGAAAAAAAAAUACUCGGUUUACUUUUGUGUCAUUUGAAGAUUAUGCCCGAUGGAAUAACCCGUGAGUUUAUUUUCAUCUAAAAAAGAAUUGUUCUAAUAAUGCAAAAAAAAAAACAAGGACUUGUGUUUAUGUAAAUGAUUUUUCUACAGUGUGCAAGUAUGAAAACAAUAUUCUUUAUUAGAAGACUGUCAUCCACAACAAAUGACUUGUUACAGCUCUUUCUGUCUUCAUAAAUAUUUGAGGGCAAUAUCUAUGUAGGCUUUGUCCUCAAAGUGCCUCCAGUUUCCUAUUUUUAUAUAUAAAGUAGAUAUUGAGAACUGUUGUGUAUAUAACAGUAAUGUAGUAAUAAAUGUGCCAUUUUUAAUAUC